AUGACGAAAUGGAAAGAAGAUGAAAAACCAGAAAAGUACGGUAUACUCGUGAAUGCAGGACAUAAAUUUCGUGGUGACAUUAUCGUUACUUUAUACGAAAAAGAAUUCGGCUUAUAUCCAUACUAUCAUAAUUUUUCUGAUCUGACAUCGGCUGUUAACGGUGGCAUCCCUCAGCGCGCAAAUCUUUCAGCGCAUUUGUCGAAAGUUCGCAGUGAUAUAGAAAAAGAGAUACCGAAUAAGGAUUUCGAUGGUUUGGCAAUAAUCGAUUACGAAGAAUGGAGACCACUUUGGGAACAUAACUGGUAUACGAAACGGAUUUACCGUAAUGCAUCUCUGGCUUAUGUUGAGGAACAAUACAAAAAAACGGGAAAAGCUUUAACCAAUGGUGAUGAACUGGCUAAACAAGAAUUCAAUCAGGCAGCAAUCAAGAGACCAAAUGCCUUAUGGGGAUUUUAUGGCAUGCCAUUUUGCAAUUACAAUGCAGGGAAAAAUGGCACUGUAGGAUGCGGCGAAGUAUUUGAAGAAUUCAAUAAUCGAUUACAACCUCCGCAUGUUGAAGCUACCGCUUUUUAUCCAUCCAUUUAUUUGCCAAGCAGAAAUAGUGGUCGUACUGGUUGUUUGUACGUCACUUCCGUCCUUCAAGAAGCUAAACGUUGUGCAGAGAACUUGUCAAUACCGAUAUUCACGUUCAAUGGUAUUGAGUACUUCCCAUUGAAUCUGCUGAUUCAUAUUAUGCCAAAGUGA